AUGUGAAUUUCUAAUAAUUUGUUAUAUCAAUGCGCAAUUAAAAAAAUCUAUAAUGACAAAUCAGCUUUGGCUGAACUCAUUGCAUUGCAGUAAUUAAUUAAGUGUUUAAGGUGCCUAACCCACACUCACUAAAGGGGCAAAGCCAAUAUGGUAAGCAUUUCAGAAUCAAAAGGUCGAAAUAUCCUAAAUAAACUCUGCCACUCUGAUCAGCACUUAUCAACUAGCACGAUGCCGCCACCUUUGCCUGAAUCAGCUCUUGCGCGUGUUCUGCCUCAGGCUCCUCGGUUGUGCUGUAUAGUGAAACUCUGAGUCUUUCUGGGUAUUCAAUAUUAAACCCAUUUAUGUCCCAGAAAUUCUCGAGAAAGAGUUAGACCCCAUAAUUCCAUGAGGAAGAGAAAAUUAACAGAGCUAACUUCUCUCGAACCUAAUGCUAUUUUAUUAAUGCUCUGGCUGAACUUCUAGCAGAUUUAAAUGGGAUUGAUAUAGCUUUGAGAAAGCAAAUGUGCAGUAGAAUCAUCAACUUGACUCUUAAUUCUUGAGUUUCUGAAGCAGAAAGCUGUACAAUUGCAGCCAAUAACUUGAGUGAAAAUCAACUUCCAGCUAAUAUUAAAUAUCUCUCAAGUAAGGCUAACUAA